AUGGCAGGAAUCAAUUUGACACUUAUAUAUGGCUCUUAUUGCGUUACAUAAACAAACAACUACAAAAGCAGCUUAAUUGGAUGCAAACGAUGGUUUUUUUGGGUCCAAAUCCAAAGUCCAAACUCGAAAGGGCAAAGAGGUAAGGAGUGGAGUUUUUUUCUAGACAGGCACACAUGAAGUGUUAUUCACCUCUAAAACAACUUCUUAUUGGUCCACGUGUCAUCCCAUGAAUGAAUACCAAGGCCCCUCUCUCUCUCUGUUCCUAUUCCUAAUAUCCUACCAUAGCUGUCUGUCUGGUCCAUUUUUGUAUUUCAAAUACAACACAUCACAUAUUAUGUAUUAUAUAUAUAUAUAUAUAUGAUGAUAAUGAGAAUGAUGAUGAUGAUGAUAACCAACUCAUACAUGCAUAUAUAUGAUGAUUGAUGGAGCUCCCACCACCACUACCACCACCACCACCACCACCACCACCAUCACCAACCAGAGACACCAUUUUCACACACUCUUCUCUCUCUCUCUCUCUCUUUCAAGAUCAUAUACAAUCUGCUUCAACUACAUUACAGACUACAGAAAGGCUCACAUGUCUGCCACUUUAUCACAUUCACUCUUUUAUUUCCGUACGUGUUAUUUCUCAUAAAUAUUCACUCUUUUUUUUCUUUUCUAUAUGGGGGCCACUUUCUUUAUUUAUUUAUUUUUCUGAGUCAAACACUACUUUCUAAUAAUACUAUGCAUGAAAAAAAGCAAUCUAGAGAUAAUAAUAAUAAUUUAAUACAAGUCUCAACCGUGUCUCUCUCGUAUCUUGUGUUGUGUUGUAUAUAUAUAUAUAAUCCUUUUUUCUUUUUUGUUUCUCAGCAGACUUAUACUAUCCAACCAAUUCAGUUAAUAUUCUCAACUGUUUGCCUUAGCUAUUGAGAAAAAUAAUUCAUCUCUUCUUGAUCAAAACAAGAAAGAAAAUGUCGUUUUCUUGCACAAAAAACUUCUUUAGGCGUUUCUGUACUGAUGAGUUCCAAAUGGGAAGCCUUCAAAGCAGUUUCUUCUCUAGUGAUCUGUUACCAUCACUUGGAGCAAGAAUUAAUCAGACUACCCAACUUCGUAAAUACAUUGUUUCUCCUUUCAAUCCCAGCUAUAGAGCUUGGGAGAUAUUUCUUGUUGUUCUUGUGGUUUACUCUGCUUGGAUAUGCCCCUUUGAGUUUGCAUUCCUGCCAUAUAAAAAAGAUGAUGCUUUAUUCGUAAUAGACAACAUUAUCAAUGGCUUCUUCGCCAUUGACAUCUUCCUUACUUUCUUCGUAGCAUACCUCGAUAGCCACACAUAUCUUCUUAUUGAUAAUCCAAAGAAGAUUGCAAUUAGGUACCUAUGUACCUGGUUCAUUUUCGAUGUUUGCUCUACUGCCCCGUUUCAAUCCAUUAGCCUUCUUUUCUCAAAUCAUCAUGGUAGUGAACUUGGUUUUAAACUCCUUAACAUGCUCAGGCUCUGGCGUCUCAGACGAGUCAGCUCUCUCUUUGCAAGACUUGAGAAAGAUAUCCGCUUCAACUAUUUCUGGACUCGCUGCACAAAACUUAUUACGGUGACCCUUUUCGCAGUACACUUGGCCGGAUGUAUUAACUAUUUGAUAGCAGACAGAUAUCCGAAUCCAAGCCAGACAUGGAUCGGUGCAGUGAACCCGAAUUUCAAAAGAGAUAGUCUUUGGAACAGAUAUGUAGCUUCAAUUUACUGGUCCAUCACAACACUAACCACCACAGGUUAUGGAGAUUUGCAUGCUGAAAAUCCAAGGGAAAUGCUUUUUUAUAUCCUAUACAUGCUUUUCAAUUUGGGAUUAACAUCUUACCUCAUUGGGAACAUGACAAACUUGGUUGUUCACUGGACCAGCCGCACCAGAAACUUCAGAGAUACAAUCAGAGCAGCUUCAGAAUUUGCUCAAAGAAAUCACUUGCCUCCUAGAGUACAAGAUCAAAUGUUGUCACACUUAUGUCUAAGGUUCAAAACAGAAGGACUAAAACAACAAGAAACCUUAAACAGUUUACCAAAGGCCAUACGUUCAAGUAUUGCUUACCAUUUAUUCUUACCAACAGUGCAGAAAGCAUAUCUCUUCAAAGGAGUUUCUCAAGAUUUCAUAUUCCAAUUGGUUUCAGAGAUGGAGGCAGAGUACUUCCCACCUAAAGAAGACGUAAUUUUGCAGAACGAGGCUCCAACCGAUCUCUAUAUUCUGGUCUCAGGAGCAGUGGAAUUCAUAUCCAAUACUCCUGGACAUGAUCAAGUUAUUGGAAAAGCACAUUCAGGAGAUACAUUUGGAGAAAUUGGAGUUUUAUGUUACAGACCACAACCGUUUACAGUUAGGACAACUGAGCUUGCUCAAAUAUUACGGCUCAAUAUAACACCACUGAUGAAUAUCAUACAAGCAAAUACAGAAGAUGGCCAUAUCAUAAUGAAUAAUUUUUUCAUGAAAAUGAAAGGGCAAGAGAACUUGGGAUAUGAAAACCCACAUUUAGAUCCUGAAUUGAUCAUCAACGAGUGGUCUGAAGGCGUAGGACAAGCAGAAGAAUGCUGUUCUUACAUGGGGUGUAGCGAUACUAUACAAGAGGAUGUAGUAAUACAGGAGGAAAUGAAUGGGCAUUUCAAAGGGCCAAAGAAAAAAGAGAAGAGUGUUACAGGCUCUUCAUUGUGUGUGAACUCUAUGACAGAUAAUGGUCGAACGGCUCAUCAAGCUGCUGUCAGCAAGGAGCAUCUUGAGGUUGUUAAGAAUUUACUUGGAGGAGGAUCAAGUACGAGCAUAUCGGACAGCAGAGGAUGGACGCCUAAAGCUUUGGCAGAACAGCAAGGAAAUAAAAGCAUAUGUGAACUCUUACUAAGUUAUGAAAAUAGAAAAUCGAAUGAACAUAGAAUACAGUUUUUGGUGCCCGAAGCAGGUGAAAGCACUUCCCAAUUGAAAAAGGCAGAGACAGACUCACAUAUAAGAACUUCUAGCUCGUCUGGAAACCAGAAGGGAAAAGAAACAAUGAGGAAAAGAGUCACUAUCCACAUGCAGUUUCAAAACAGUAUUACACAUCACCGGCAACAUGGAAAGUUAAUAAUCCUACCUGACUCAAUUGACGAGCUGUUCAAGGUUGCUGGUGAAAAGUUCGGAAGCAGCAAACCUGUGAAAAUCAUCAAUGCAGAGAAUGCUGAAAUUGAUGACAUAAGUGUCAUCCGGGAUGGUGAUCACCUGUUUCUACUUAUCAACGAUAAUGAGAAUAUAGAUCUUGAAUUGAGGUGACCUAAUGUAACAAGAAAAAUGUAGAUGCAUAUGCAGAGUAGAUUGUAACUUCUAGGCUUUGUAAGAAAGAAAAAAAAAAUUAACAUUCUGACAACAGCAGUUGAAAGUUUUUGGCUGGAAGACCAGGAAAAUCAAUUACAGAAUCGUACUUCAUUUUGAA